GCCGCCAUCAUGCUGAGCCGGCUCGGGGCGCUGCUGCAGGAGGCCGUAGGGGCGCUCCCAGGCAACUCCAAGACCUGGUUCCGCACAGGGUGCCCUCCCACUCGGCCUGGGCAUGGGAAGUGCGGCCCUGAGUGACCAGGAACACAUCUCACACUGCUGAGCCACACCGACCUUGAGUUAGGAAGAGGCCAGCCAGCCUGGUGGGGUUUGCGGGAGCCCAGUAUUGACCUGCUGCAGGCCUUCGUGGAGCAUUGGAAGGGCAUCACACACUACUACAUCGAGAGCACAGGUGGGGCCUGCUCCUUCCACCCCGGGGCCCUAGGAGGAAGUGGGAGAAAGGCAUGGGCAUUGGGUCACCAUGCAGGUAUCUUGUGAAGAUGAUGUCCACUACCCAGAGUUGAGGACAAGCCAAUGGAGACAAAAAAUCAGAUAGAUGAAAACACCCCAGCCAAGAAAACAGAUAUUCCCUGGCGGCUGAAGCAGAUGCUGGACAUUCUGGUGUAUGAGGAGAAGCAGCAGGCCGGUGCUGGUGAGGCAGGGCCCUGUCUGGAAUAUCUGCUGCAGCACAAGAUCCUGGAGACCCUGUGCACACUGGGCAAGGCUGAGUACCCCCCAGGCAUGCGGCAGCAGGUAUUCCAGUUCUUCAGCAAGGUUCUGGCCCAGGUGCAACACCCUCUGCUGCAUUACCUCAGCGUCCACAGGCCUGUACAGAAACUUCUCCGGCUUGGUGGGACAGUCCCUGGAUCUCUCACAGAAAAGGAGGAGGUACAGUUCACCAGUGUCCUCUGCUCCAAGAUCCAGCAGGAUCCAGAGUUGCUCACCUAUAUCCUGGAAGGUAAAAAGAUCAUAAGUAGGAAGAAGGCAUCCAGAGAACCUACUGCUCUGCCUAAAGAAACUGCCAGCCACAGCGACAAGGACUGUUAUCACAACAGUGCUCCUGACAGGGGUCCCCAGAUAGAUGGAGAGCCUUAUGGAGCUCAGGCCUUCAACAGCCGCCUUCCAUCUGAGACUGAAGGGCUGGAUGGUGGGCCUGGGGACAGCAACCUGAUCACUUCCCUGCUCGGGCUAUGCAAGAGCAAGAAGAGUCGGGUGGCACUGAAGGCCCAGGAGAACCUGCUGCUCCUGGUGAGCGUGGCCUCCCCAGCAGCUGCCACCUACCUGGCACAAAGCACCCCUUGUUGCAUCGCAAUCACAGAGCACCUCUGCCAACUGUACCAUUCUCUGCCUGCCUUCCUUGACCCUGCAGACAUCGCUACUUUAGAGGGCAUAAGCUGGAGGUUACCCAGUGCCCCAUCCGAUGAGGCAUCUUUCCCUGGCAAGGAGGCCCUGGCUGCCUUCCUGGGCUGGUUUGAUUACUGCGAUCACCUUAUCACAGAGGCACAUGCGGUGGUUGCGGAUGCCUUGGCCAAGGCUGUGGCUGAGAAGCUGCUUGUGGAGACACUGCAGCCCCGGCUCCUACAUGUUUCUGAGCAGAGCAUCCUGACCUCCACUGCCUUGCUGACGGCCAUGCUGCGCCAGCUCCGUUCCCCUGCAAUGCUGCAGGAGGCUGUGGCCUUCUUCCUAGGCACUGACCAUCAGCCUACAGCUGCCAAGGACAGCCCCCACACCCUAUGCGCGCACCUCAUUGCGCACUGCGACCAUCUCUCUGAUGAGAUCAGCAUUGCUACGCUGCGGCUAUUUGAGGAGCUACUCCAGAAGCCCCACGAACAGGCUGUCCAUCGCUUGGUCCUGUGUAACCUUGAGGGACGCCUGUAUGUGGCCCGGGGCUCACCUGAGCCCGAGAGCUAUGAGGACACCCUGGAUCUGGAGGAAGACCCCUACUUCACAGACAGCUUCCUUGACUCUGGCCUUCAGCCCUCCACAAGGCCUCGCCAGGCCCCUAUCGCCAGUUCCGACGGCAAAACAGCAGUGACUGAGAUUGUCAACAGUUUCCUCUGCCUGGUCCCCGAGGAAGCCAAGACCUCAGCCUUCCUGGAGGAGACUGGAUAUGACACGUAUGUCCACGAUGCCUAUGGGCUGUUCCAGGAGUGCAGCUCCCGUGUUGCCUCUUGGGGCUGGCCCCUGGGCCUUGCACCCUUGGAUCCCCAUGAACCUGAACGGCCUUUCUUUGAGGGUCACUUCCUCCAAGUGCUGUUUGACCGCAUGGCCCGGAUUUUGGAUCAGCCAUACAGCCUGAACCUGCAAGUGACCUCAGUCCUGUCCCGGCUCGCCCUCUUUCCCCAUCCCCAUAUCCAUGAGUACCUCUUGGAUCCCUACAUCAACCUGGCCCCUGGCUGCAGGAGCCUGUUCUCUGUGCUCGUCAGGGUGAUUGGGGACUUGAUGCAAAGAAUUCAGAGGGUACCCCAGUUCCCAGGCAAGCUGCUCCUGGUGCGCAAACAGCUCAUGGGCCAGGUCCCUGGAGAGCAACUGGACCACCAGACCCUUCUUCAGGGUGUGGUAGUGCUUGAAGAAUUCUGCAAGGAGCUGGCUGCCAUUGCGUUCGUCAAGUGUCCCCCACAUGGUCCUCAGCUGAACCUCUCCCCACCUCCAAAAGGGCCAGUCCAGCCAGAAGCAUGAUAAGCAGAGAGGGGACACUCCUGUUCACACUUCUGCACAGCUGCCUCCUCCCUGCUGCCACCAUUCUCCUCUGGGCUCUGGGCUUCCUCCUUGGGCUAACCGCAGGAGACCUUGAGCUGUUGACCGCAUGGGCCUGGGUUUCAGGGAGGUGUUGAGAUGCAAAACUGUGAGACGGCUUCCCAGGCUCACGUUGUCCUUGGGACCUUCUCCAUCAGCUGAGUGAUGGUCAGCGAUCCUGACACUACUCAUGUGUUGGGUGGUUAUUCCCCCUGUAUUGGCCAUGGCCAAGGCCAUGACCUGUGACAAUUUCAGGGGCAAUAAGGAAUAAGCUGCUGGCCCUGAAGCUGGCCAGAGAUGGAGACCAGGAGCCCUGUGUCAGACUAGGUACCAUGGAGGACCCUGUAACCUACCAGGUUUCUUUCCUACCUUCAUGGCUUGCGUGGUGGUGGAGGGACAGUGAAGGUGUGGAGGGAAAGCUCCCUCUUCCUGCUCUGCCCUCCUGGAGACUUGCAAAAUUCCCAACUGCCUCAUGGCAAAUGCCCAAAGCAUGCUCCCGCGCCCAGGCGGGGGCAGCUGCUAAUGAGAACCUUGGCGCAGUGGCAGCCAGGGCGGGCAGGGGCCUGGGAGCGGGUGCCAGGCUACAGCUCCAGCUGGUUCCUCUCUGGCGCCUUCCAAACCCGUCUCAGCAGGUCCACAACACCUGGGCAGAGAGGUCAACUACCAGGGAAGGCAAAUCAUACCCUCCAAGUCCUACCCAGCACCUAGGGUUCCCAAUGGAAUGCCCUCCUGGAGAGCACAGGAGGUUGGGGUACAGAAAAGGCAGGAUGCCUCUGUCUCCGGACCCCUGAGGCCUAGGGGGUAAGGUCUGAGACCCAGGCACUCUGUUCUGGUUUUGUUCUCCCUAUGUGCCCUCUGCAGCUGGAGCUGCUACCCCACCCGGCUCUGAAUCUGUCUCAACCUGCAGGAACACACGGGCGGCGCCAGGCAUUACCUCACAUCAGGACUGCAGUUGCUGGCUUUGCUUCUGGGCAAGGAGGAGCAGGCCAGAGCCCUUUUUGCUUCCUUUUCCUGCCCAUGCGGCUUC